CAAAGCCCAGACGUGUAAAGUUUACGUCUCGAGUAAAGAAAGAGAAGAGUUCAGAAAUGGAGAAAAUAGAGCACACGACGGUCGCCACCAAUGGCAUAAACAUGCACGUGGCGUCGAUUGGGACAGGCCCGGUGGUGCUCUUCCUCCAUGGCUUCCCUGAGCUCUGGUACUCGUGGCGACACCAGCUUCUCUACCUCUCCUCCCUCGGCUACCGCUGCAUCGCCCCCGACCUACGCGGCUAUGGCGACACGGACGCCCCGCCCUCCCCUGCCUCUUACUCAGCUUUCCACAUUGUUGGAGACCUCGUCGCCCUUCUUGACCAGCUUGGCAUCGAGCAGGUCUUCUUAGUCGGCCAUGACUGGGGAGCUAUGAUGGCCUGGUACUUCUGUUGGUUCAGGCCGGAUCGAAUCAAAGCUGUGAUCAACCUGAGCGUGCCAUUUUUACCCAGGAACCCGGCGUUAGAUUUUGCUGAUGGAUUCAGGGCUUUGUUUGGUAAUGAUUAUUACUUUUGCAGGUUUCAGGAACCUGGAGAAGCUGAAGAAGAUUUUGCUUGUGUCGAUACUGCAAUGCUAAUGAAGAAGUUCUUUUCAUUAUUUGGUCCAAAUCCUCUGAUGAUACCUAAAGAAGUGGGAGCUAGAGGAUUGCCAACACCAGAUGCAUUGCCUUCUUGGUUGUCAGAAGAAGAUAUUAAUUAUUAUGCCACCAAGUUUAAGCAGACAGGUUUCACCGGAGGAUUGAACUAUUAUAGAGCUAGCCACCUAAAUUGGGAGCUCACAGCGCCAUGGACUGGAUCACAAAUCAAAGUGCCAGCCAAGUUCAUUGUCGGAGACCAGGAUAUCGUCUACAAUAUCCCAGGUGUCAAAGAAUAUAUAAGCGAUGGCGGCUUCAAGAGAGACGUCCCAUGCUUGCAAGACGUAGUUUUGAUGGAAGGAGUAUUUCAUUUUAUCAAUCAAGAGAAGGCAGAUGAGAUUAGCGCACACAUAUAUGAAUUUAUCAACAAGUUCUGAGUGUGCGAGAAAGUGUUUUCAGGUCGAGGGUUGUGAGGGUCAUGUUUUCUGUUUAGUUUCCAUGGGUGAGUGUCCCAUCUAUGAAGCCAAUUAAGGGAUUAAAUAAGCAUGUAAUGUUGAUUAUGUGUACUGAGCAAAUCAACAAUGGUGUUAUUUUAUUAUGUUAUUUAUGCCUAACGAAUUAAAUAAUAUUGUAAAGUA